AGAUGAAAUAAUUUUUAUAAUACGCUUUUCACGUCUUAACUGCGAAUAAGCGUCCACUGAUAUCUAAGGAUCUAAGCAAGGACAUAGAUAAUAAAUUGGACUCAGGUAAGGCUUUGCAACGCAAAGGGAUAGUAAUUACUCGCACAACUUAAUUGAACCCUCAUUUCACGGGCCGCACAGCGUUCAAAAUUGGCACUUCUCUGCGGGCAGCACAAUUUUUCUUUGUGAGCGCAUUUGUCCCGGGGACAUUAGGUUGCACACCCCUUGUAUGAAGAGCCAUUACUUCUCGAAAAACUAAAAAAAAUGCGCCAACAUCGAUAUCAAAGAAUAUGCACAUGUACGCCUUCGAGCAUUUUCCAUAUUUUGUCGUUUUACGUCGUCGAUACAAUGAUGCAUAAAUUCAUUUCCGGAAGGGUAGACUGCGUUGCAUUGCGUCUCAUUCUGUGGUGCCGUUCUGCAGGUGAGUAAUAGAUUAUAUCAUAAGACACAUACUUGAAAGUAUAAAAAAAUCGUUAUUAUUAUUUGAGAUUUGUAUAAGGUCUCUUUCCACAAAAUAGAAAGUAUAUUUGUAGCUUUCGUUAGAUCAUGGUCUAACUCUAACUUCUUCGGACAAAACAAGAUAUAACUUAAUCAAACGGCGAAUAUUCGACGUUAUGCUGUUCUAUUAGUGAGUAGUGAAUAUGCUUUGGGUUCACGGAAUGAUAAUACGGUAUAUUUGGCCACGUACUCGGUAUUGUAAACUUGAACUCGAGAUAUUGUUUUUAUUACUUUACCAAUUUAUUAUUUCUCUGAAGAGAUGGUUUCGUAGAUUAAUACUAAUCGUAUUUAUUACUUGUUGGGAUUUAGAAUUAUUUUUUGUUAUUAUUUACUUGAUUACAACAAAAUAGGUAAAAUCCUAUUAUACGUAAUAAAAGUAUUACCAAGAUUCGCUUAAGCAUAGACUAGCUUCGGCAGGUGUAUAUUUGAAAGACAUUAAUUUGUCAAAAUUCGAUGAAUACUAAGAAAAUAAAUGUUUCACAUUCCAGCGUUCAUGUAUGACCAAGGAUAGGCUGUGAUAUACUCUACUCUAACUUCAUAUCAAGGGCCUUGUUUGGAGUGACGUCAUGAAAGCAAGUUCUAGACGGAAUUCAGGUAAGUUUGCGUCUAUGUUAUACCGAAUAGAUUGUGAGAUAAUCACACAUUCGGUUUCUUUUUAUGGUAUGAAACUAUUAAUUAUAUAACCAUCAUGAAAACACAUAUUAUAAAAGCUUAAUAACGCCUUAGGGCAUGAUUAUUAUCCGCGAUGCCGGUUUUGAUAACAAGAUUCAGGUUUAUUCGGUUUUUAGGAAGGAUAUAAGAUCUUGAAACGUUUGUUCGGGUAAAAUUAGAGGAUCAAAGGUUCGACUGCGGCUUUAUAUUCAAUAAAAACAGCAUUAUUGCAACUUAAAUCUGUCUGCAGGACCGUAUUCUGGAUUGAAAGCGACUAUACUAUUAGUCGCUGAAAGAUUGGUGCUAAGGAAAAUUCAUCAGAAACUAUUUUAAUAAUAUAGCUUGUUAAUCUACGCUUCAAGAUGGGCGAGGACAACUCUGCCUGUCUUUUGCUACUUCCGCCAAAUUGUGGCGGAGAGAAGUCAAUGGAGAUAAUGCCAAUAGAGUUACUUAUGGAGACUAUGAUUGGCAUGGGAUGUAACGAAAAGGAAUCUACAUCAAACAGCACACAGGUUAAUCAAUAUAAUAUUGGAAAUUUAGUCAGCGUUUCGUGUCAAGUUAAUCUCUCUAAGCCUGCUCAUGAUGACGGUUAUCCCAUGUACCCCAGUGCUGACGCUGAAAGACUACAUUUGAAUAAUGACAACAUCCGAGACAACUCAAAUUGUGGACAGCAAUACCAGCAACGUUUGACAGCCGUAAAAGAAGAAAUACGAUUCCUUGAAUCGCAUUUAAAGAAAUUAAAGAAUCUGAUGGUUAAAGUUACCAGGGAUCCGCAGCCACACGUGACUGAGUACGCUUUACGCUACACUGAUCAUGUGCUGCAAACGGCGCACCAACUUUUAAAAAGAGACUUGCAAGAUGUGAUGAUAGAGGACAAAUAUAUCGUAGAGCAUAAAUUUGCGAAGCAUUACUUGUGGCAUUUCGUUGCGGAACAAAAAUCAAAAGCCCCUGAAUGUCACGCUUCACUGAGUCGAGAGAAUACAGAGGUCAAAAACACAAAUAGCUUUACGGCAAAGCACGCAAAUGACGCUAAAAUACAUCGUUUUCCGAAGGCUAAAACUACAGAAAUAAAUGUGACAAAACGAAAAAGAUUCGUGUCGAUGGACGAUGUUAUGGACUGUAAUGGUAGCACCGAUGAAAGUAGCGACAGCGAUAUGCCCAAGAAAAUCAAAAAGCAAAGUGUCCCAUCAAUACAUGAUUAUUCCAGAAACAAAAACGUCGCGCCUUUGGGACACUACGGUAUAUCCAACGAAUCGCCCGACGAAAAUCUCCUGCGUUCCCCGGAUUUGUUGUACUCAUCUACUGCUGAUUCUUAUCGAUAUUGUCGGACUCCAGAAAGGUCAACGAAGCCAGGUUCACCCAAUGACCACAACUACAAAUCACCGUCUUAUGUAGAAUCUUCGAACUGGGAUGCAAGAAGCCAGUACAAGAAGAAGCGAUACCGUUAUAAAGACAGCAAACGAAAUUACGAACGAUCACCCGAAGACUGGCAAACCUCAAACUGGCAAAAUUCAUACUCAAAAACUACUUAUACACGCCCCGAUCCAAGAAUAUCGAAGCUAAUGUCCGAAAAUGAAAACGGCAAUAAACAUUCGACACCACAACGUACUGAGAGAUCACAAUUUAAUUAUUAGAAAUAAUAACUCUUUAAGUCAAUCGAAGUUGAAGCAGAGAGUCAACAAAACACUCGGUGAAUUAAAUUUCCAAUUUGUUCGCCUCGAAUCACUAGCACCUAUGCCUAUGUUGAAAUUGUUGAAAAAUGUUGGGCAGUCAAUGCCGCGCUGGAAAUAUUCCGGUAGUGCCAAACUAUAGCAACUCUUUACUUUGCAAUGACUUCUAAUAUAAAGCCUUGUUCAGAGUGAUAUCGUAUGAAACUGUAUGCCCGUAUUCUUCAAACUAUACAAUGAUGUGAUUGUUCUACCUUAAUUCUUCCUUUUAAGCCAAAUCUCAAAGCCAAGUGGCUCUAAAUUAAGCAACUGAACACUGAGGUACGAAAAUCAUAAGCCAAAUUUAUUUAUCGAGAGCGUGGCACCAGAUGCCAAAAUAUAGGCUCAUGGCGAGUUUAUAAGCCUACCAAGUCAGUGCUCGGCAUAUGAAUCGUGUCAGUGAUGCUCAUUGCACACUAAGAAAGUUUGACAUAAUCUCAAUGCCAUUUUUAUACACUUUUUGUGCACUAAUGCACGUUACAAUUUUUGUGCACUCAUGUAUGUCGCUUUUUAAGCGAUUCAAGCCAAUACUGCGUUUAUGAAAUGCUUCUGAGAAAGCUAACGCCCCCUGCACUGCAAAAUUGACUUGGCGUAUCGUCAAAGAUAAUUGCUAUACAUUUUGCGCUUUUUGUGCACUCAUGUAUGUCGCUUUUAAACCAAACGAAGCCAAUACCGCGUGUCGAAAAGUGUCAAAGAAACAUAGUGCUCACGUACUCCACUACUAUCAUCAGUAUUCUCAAUGCCAAUUGCUAUAUACUUUAUUGUGCACCCAUGCACGUUAAACAUUUUGUGCACUCAUGCAUACCCUACUUUUUAUGCACUCAUGCCUAACGCCUACUUGUUGAUGACCCAUAUAGAUGAAAUCUCAAUACUUUUUUUUUUACUUUUUGUUUUAUUGUCUACUUUUAUGACUUUUUAUUCUGCCUUAGCUCACCUAUUUGUCCACUAUCGUUUGAUAUUCCGAGUGAUGGACUGGACGGGGUUCGAACCCACUCACCCAUUUCAUGUUCCUCGAUGCUGAAUCAGCAUAGUCCAGUCCAUGAUUAGUAAUUUGGGCAAAAUAAGUGUUGAAAAAGAUAAACUGUAAUUAGCCGAGGCGCUAAAUACCACCUUAUUGCAAAAGUUUAAAUUAUGAGCUUCUUCGGCUCAAAUAAUUUAAUUAUCUUUCCGUGCUAAUCGUGUCCGUUCAAAACAACUUAAUUGCUCCUAGCAAAAUUUAAUUAAACGAAGUUUUAAUUAGUUCUUGGACAGUGAUUUAGAUGAGAUAAUCUGACUGAUGGCGCCACUCUAAGUUGCUCUAUUGUAAACUAUGUAAGAUUUACUUUGUUGACAAAUUUAUCGUCUCACAAAUGUAUAUAAAGCGCGUGAAUUUUUGCGUUUCAAUCGGUAUACGUCCAACCAAUUUGGUUAGUUCAAGAAUAUUAAUAGAAUCAAUUCUUAUAAGUGGACGAAAUACCGUCGUUCGCCAUAUGGUUAAGCCACAUUAUGGAGGAACAAUGUGUGUUAGUCAAGUAACAAGAAGAUGAAAAAAAUGUUUAUCACUUGUCUACACCACAUUGAUAAUUAUCAUUUGAUAAUCAAUUACUAUCUCGUACCUUAUCUAUGUUCUAUACUGAUUAUGUAUAAGCCAAUCAUGGAACAAAAAUAUUUUCAAAUCGUUGUAAUCUUUAUUGGUUCGCCUCCAAUUGUUUCCAUUUUAUUACCAUUUUGCAAAAUACUGAAAUUAAGAGCAUCAUCGCUUUUGUUUAAUUUUACGCAAUAAUGCAUUCAUGUUAAUUUUAUUUAUACUCUUCUCCGCACUUUUUUAUUUAUUAUUAAUACAUUGAAUUUUCCAUCCAUAUUUUCAUGAUAUCGUGUUUCUGUCGCAAUGUGGCCAAAUGGUUGUUUUCUAUAAGACUCAUUUGCUUUGGCGAUUGUAUUGAAUCUGCGAUAAGGUCCACAUAAGAUAAAUUAUAUCUGAGCGAUUUAAAAAACAACGCCAGAUUCCUUGUUGAAAUUUUUUUUACAGCGACUCUAGCUCCAAAGCGUGAAGCGUGGCCUCGGGGGGAGGGGGGGUAUAUUUUAGACUCCCAAGGACUUUUAAAACCCGCUAACUUGGCAACGAGAAAUUUCAGAAAAUUCGAAAAUUUCUGACUACGUCCCUUCUCAUAGGUACCAAUAGACCAGAUUUAGCUCACAAUAUUUUGACGUACGCAAGUCUUAUUUAAUUUCAUCCUGAGAAUGAUCAGACAGGUUAAUGCUUUCGUAACUUUGACUUUGCAUUAUGACGAUAAGAGCUGCAUAAAUAUUGUGCACGAC